GCCAAAACAUUAAUCGUUACAUUUCGCUCAAGACAAACAGCAUAUCGUCACCUUCCAUUAAGCCCCUCUCUCUCUCUCCAUUCACUGUUCUCUGAUCCUCUCUCUGUCCACUUUUCCCCCUCACCCUCUCUUUCUUCGUCUCUCACCUGUAUCUCUGAAAGAAAAACAGCUUUGCUCUCACACUCUGAGGCACGAAUCCCUCUUUCUUUCAUUCAAUCACCUCCAUUGGUACAACCCAUUCUCUCUCUCUCUCUCUCUCUCACAUACAGACACACAAAACACACGUUUCAUGGCCUAAACAACAGAUUGAUUUGACAAUCCACCAUCAAUGGACUCGGACAGACCCCAUCGCACGACAAGCACAAGCAGUGAGCUCUUCAUUUGCUUCACGUCUAGACUUUCCUCAUCCUCCAUGAAGAUCUCGUCCAAAUCAAUCCUGAGCCCAGGCCGAGCACGCGACCCUCCCAUUUCUCUCUCCACCUCUCUCAGCCGCAGACUCAGAACCAACGGAAGCAUCAAAGGAGGCCAAGCAUCGCCAAUGUUCCCCACCGGAGGCAAAAAACGAGGCUGCGCUUUCGAAAACCCAGAACCCUCUUCGCCUAAAGUGACUUGUAUAGGCCAGGUUCGAGUGAAGACCAAGAAAACAGUGAAACAGACUCGUAGCCUUUCAAAAAGGCGAAGUGGGGAGGUGAGUUUUAGGAAGAUAGAGCAAAAUGUGAGUCAAAACGAGGAUCAAAUUCGCUCUCAAGUGUAUCAGCAAAUCAAUAGGAGCAGUCAUUCUCAGUUUCAACAACAGUCACACGAGUGUUUGCCUCACCACCGGAAUCAGAGAUGGGUUCACUUGCCAUUGACGAUUUGUGAAGCUUUGAGGGCAUUUGGGGCUGAGUUCAGCUGCUUGUUUCCAUGUCGGCCUUCAUGUUUCUCCACGAAUGAAAGGGAUAAGGAAGAGAAGGCAAUGGCAUCGAGUGAAGGGAGUGGACAGAAUUCUUGUGGGGCUGUGUUUGCGAGGUGGUUAGUAGCAUUGCAGGAUGGUGAGGGAGGGAAAGGGAGAGAGAUAGAGUUGGUGGUGGGAGGAGAUGAAGAGAGAACAGAAGUAACAGAGAGACCAAGGAGUUCAAGAAGACAUGUAUUUGAUGAUAUAGAGAUUAAAGAUGAUAAAAUUGAAGUUACAGAUGAGGUUUUAGGGGAAGAGGAAGCGAGGGUGAGUAUUUGUAUACCCCCAAAGAAUGCUCUUUUGUUGAUGAGAUGCAGAUCUGAUCCUACUAGGGUGGCAGCUCUUACUAAUCGGUUUUGGGAGUCCCCCCGUCCUAAAGAUGAAGAAGAUGAGAGAGAGGGCAAUGAAGAGAACAAGGAUGAGGAAGACAAAGUACAUGUAGAAGAAUGUGAAGCCAAAGAUUUGGCAAACUUGGAGCAAGAAGAAUGUGAAGUGUCUGAGAAGAGUGUUCCAGUUGAAGUUGAGGAAGAACAGGGGAAGCCAGAAGCAGAAACAGAGAUGGGCAUGGAGGUACAAGACAUUGCAGAAGAGAAGUUGCAAAUCAAUGGUGGGCUACAAGAUACAGAGCAAAGCAAACAAGAAGAAGAAGAAAUGGAGGUGAACCAAACACUAGUGGAAGAAGAAAAUGAGAUUGCUGGUUCUUCAUCUGAAGCUAUUGUAGAUCUAGAGAAUGCAGAAAAUGAAGAAGAUGAUUCAGUUCCUGUGAUGGAAGAAGUGAGCAGAGCAAGCUAUCCUUCUUCUUCCGUACAGUCAGAUGAAGAACAAGAAGCUGAACCAAAGGAAUUAGAAGCAGCAGCAUUAGCAGAGGAUUCUGAACCUGAAGAAGAAGAAAGAUCAUUAGCAGACGAGUCAACUCUCGAGAAGGAGACACAAGAGAAUUAUUUGGACAAAGAGGAAGAAACGACAAUGUCCCAAGAGAGAGAUGAAGCAGAAGAAGAUGAAACCCAAGAUACCCAUGAACCAGAAGAAGAAGAUAAACAAGAAGGUACAGAGUCAGAGGAGAGUGAAAGCGAAAGCCAUAAGACACAGCUUGUGGAGAGAGAGAGUCAUCAAGCGAAGAAACAACAGAGAGAAAGCUCAGUGUUGCCGGACUGCUUGCUGUUGAUGAUGUGCGAGCCCAAACUGUCCAUGGAGGUCUCGAAGGAGACAUGGGUCUGUAGUACGGACUUCAUCAGAUGGCAACCCACAGAGAAGAAGAGCCAAGUCAACCCAAAGGACGGUCCUGACGAGUCCAAGAAGAGAGUCAGCAGCGAGUCCAACAUCUCUUCUAAUCCUGCGCUCUCGGUACACUGUAACCAACCCCUCCAGCAGCCGCCGAGGUCUUCUUGUUCUUUUCCGGCGCCGGCGGCUACGUCCAUGGCGACAAUGAUAGAGCAGAAGCUGCUCAAUGCUGCGGCUUAUGAGCCGUUUGUGUUAACUAGGUGCAAGUCUGAGCCGAUGAGAACGGCGGCUAAGCUGGCUCCGGAGGCUUGUUUCUGGAAGAACAGGAAGCUUGAGCCUCACCGUAGGGCUACGUGUGGAGUCGGCGCGGCUGGGGUUGGGUUCUGAGCCGAACUUGGGAUAAGAGGAGUCUCUAUGGUGUAGUGGGUCGUAUCUGACUGAAACUGUAGUUUUGCAUUACUGCUCUGGCAAUGGCAUGUUUGUACAUGUUCUUUUAAAUUAAUGAUAUUUCAUGUAAUUCUCUC